AUGGGUGCAGGCGCGGCCGUUGUUGAUAAGAAAGCGGGGUACCUUCACCUCCUUGACCCGAAGAGGAAGUGGUACAACAACAGGCGCAUAAUUGCACUCAAUGGCUGGAUUGUAUUGCUCCUCAUCACGUCUUCGACGAACGGAUACGAUGGAAGUAUGAUGAAUGCUCUUCAAUCAGAGCCCCAGUGGAAGGGGUACUUCAACAACCCUCAAGGUGGAAAACUUGGUCUUCUGAAUGCGAUACAAAACAUCGGUUCUCUUGCUGGCUACCCAUUCGCCCCCUACAUGUCUGAUGGUAUUGGACGCCGUGGCAGCGUACUCUUUGGUGCUAUCAUCAUGUGUGCAGCUACGGCCGUACAAACAGCGGCGCAUUCUGUUGGCAUGUUCCUUGGUGCUCGCUUCCUCAUCGGAUUCGGUCUCACCUUCGCUGCAAAUGCGGCACCUAUGCUUGUUACGGAGAUCUCGUAUCCAUUAUACCGUGCUCCUCUGACGUCCUUGUACAAUUCUCUUUGGUACUCUGGUGCAAUCAUUGCUGCAUGGACGACUUUCGGCACGCAACACAUCCAGUCAAAUUGGGCUUGGCGUGUUCCUUCCCUAUUGCAGGGGCUUCCUUCAGUUCUGCAGGUCCUCUUUGUUGUCAUGUUACCCGAGUCCCCGCGUUGGCUGGUCAGCAAAGGUCGUGACGCACAGGCCAUCAAGACGCUUGCCUACUACCAUGCAGACGGCAACGACCGGGAUCCUCUCAUUGUUUACGAGUAUGAAGAGAUCAAGGCUGCCAUUGAGUUCGAUCGGAUCGUAUCUGCAAAUGUCGGAUAUAAGUCCCUUUUCACGACUCCCGGAAACAGGAGGCGUAUGCGGAUCAUCAUUGCCAUCGCAUUCUUUUCUCAAUGGUCCGGCAAUGGCCUCGUGUCGUACUACUUGAACAAGGUCUUCGACACUAUUGGCAUCACCGAUCCAACCAUUCAACUCCUCAUCAACGGUAUCCUGCAAAUUUGGAAUCUGUUCUGGGCCUGUAGCGCUGCGUUCAUGGUUGACCGUAUAGGCCGUCGUGUGCUCUUCUUGACAUCUGUCUGUGGGAUGAUCCUCUUCUUUACACUUCAGACCAUCUGCUCUGCCUUGUUUGCCCAGAAGGGCAGCGAAGGUGCUGCGCAUGCUGUGAUCGCAUUCAUAUUCUUAUUCUAUGCGGCAUACGACUUGGCGUUCACGCCUCUGAUCGUCUCAUACACUGUUGAGAUUUUACCAUAUCAUAUCCGUGCAAAAGGCUUCAACAUUUUCAACUUCACGAUUUCUCUCGCGCUCAUCUUCAACCAAUAUGUCAACCCGAUCGCCCUUCAGCACCUGGGCUGGAAGUACUACAUCGUGUACAUUUGCUGGCUUGCCUUCGAAGGAGUUUACCUGUGGUUCUUCGUAAAGGAAACGAAGGGCCUUUCAUUGGAGGAGACUGCUGUAUUGUUCGACGGCGACGAAGCAGCUGAGCAAAUUCACGCUCACGCGACUGGACAAGCCGCUGUCGCGCCAGAAACUCCCUCCGUCGAUGAAAAACUGUCCGCGCACGAGUUCCACGAGAAGUCAUCAGCAUAA